AUGUCCGUCGACAUCACAAAUCACAACAUAACGAUGAAGAUGGAACUUCUGAAAAUUGCAGAGGUGCAAAAAAAUAUUGGCAUGGCUAACCAUCCAACUCCAACUCAACAAAUCGGCACUCCAUUGGAAACCAAACACGGAAAGAAAAUCCCUACUGUCAAAGGUAAAGAGAAGGAGAAAAUCGCCAAGCAGGCUAAGAAAGGAGAUCACCAAAAAAAGAUGCAAACCCUUUUCAAGUCCAUGAACGACAAAAUGGACAAGGCCAGCCAGAAUAUCUCCAAGAAUUGA